UUGUCAUAUAUUACAGAUGACGAUGGAGAGUUUGAUCCAGAAAUUGAGGCAGCCUUAAGAGGAGAGUUUGAUUUUGAUAAUCCCAACAACGAAUUGGAAGAUGAUUUUGUUCUUUCUGCUAAUGAUGGCGUUUUACCUUUAAAACGGGACGAGGAGGAGUCAACUGGUACCGAUGAAGCGAAAAGUGUGGAUAAUAAUGAAGUAGAAAUGUCUGAAGGAAAUGAUGGUACACAUAACGACCAAGUGGCGAAGAGGUUUGCUGAGGAGUGCGAUGACGACAGUGAGGAACAACUGGAUCUUGUAACUGUGGAAUGCUCAGGACCUAAAAAAGCGAAAUGGGAUUGUGAAUCAAUUUUAUCAACAUAUUCUGAUAUUUAUAACAAACCCUUCUUAAUCCAAGAACCGAGGCGGAAACAGAAGUUAAAGGAAUUUCUGAGGAAAGCUGAGGUAUCGAGUAGUGAUACAUUUUUUUGUCGUUUACAAGACUACGAGAUGGAAGAAGUUAGAAGCAAGACUGGAUUUUCCUUGCCGCGUCCCAAGGAUGAGGGAAGGGAAGAAAAACGAGCUCGGAAAGCGUUGGUUAAGGAACAGCGAAGAGAAAGGCGGAUAGAAAAGAAGUGUAACAAAUUGGCAUUUAAAGAGGAAAAGAAAAGGAUUCAAGGGCAACAGCAUGGAACCAACAUUAAAACUAAAACUAUAGUGUGA